AUGUCUGAAAGGAGCGAGCUAGUAAUAAUUGCAGGCGCUGAAAAAAAUGUUUGCAAAUAUAUUGACCAGAAAAGCGAGUUCAACAAUAGGGUCAAAAACCAACUAGAAAAACUCGAAAGCUUAUUAGGUUUGCAAAUGGAUACUGCCAUGAACCCUUCAGAACAAAGCAAAAAAAUGGCCGAAAGGAUGGACUGUAUGGAAAUAACAAUGAACGAGGUAAAGAUAAGUCUCAAAGUAAUCAAGGCAAGAAAAUAA